UGUUGUUUGGCUGCACGGUAAAGAUUUCAGAUCAGCAUUGAACGUGUGUUUAGUGAAAAGUCGUGUCUAAAAUGUUCAGUGCUUCUCCUCACAGCGCCUUUGACAAACACUGUAUCUUUGUAACUCAUACUGACGUUGGUGGGAGGAUUCCUCAACAAACACCGGGUACUUAACGAGACCCAAGCGCAUUUUACAACAUACAAACCCGGGACACUGUUGGCUGAAAAUGGCCGUGGUUAAAUUCGUGUGCGCGAUUAUAACCAGGUCCUUAUUCAUUCUGGCCGCUCUCAUCGGAGUCUGGAGAGUGAACAUGGUAAAAAAUGACCGUUUGUACUGGUUACUAACUAUCCUUUUUCUUCCUUUGGUUGUGGAGAUGAUCAUUACUUUAAAACGUAGAAAAGGGCAAGAGUUCAAAUGGUUUUCUCUACCCAUCUUCUUCUUUCUCAUCAGUAUUAUACCCUCCAUCUGGAUUCUAGAGUUACAUCAUCAGUGGAACAAGAGUGGGGACCCACAGCAGUGCAAGAAAUUGGACUCUUGGGAUAACUUCAUGAACAUAGUAUCGGCCCCCAACAGCACUAUGAGUAAUGAAACUCUAAAGCAUCUGGAGCAUGUUCUCAGCAAAGUCUGUCCAAACGACUGGAUCCUUGGUCUUCAUCAAUUUGUACUCAUCCUUCUUAUCAUCGGAAAAUGGCUCCUCCCACUAGGGGGAGGAGUAACUCGUGACCAGCUGUCUCAAUUGUUGCUCAUUUUUGUUGGCACUGCGGGAGACAUUCUGGAGUUCACCAGUGAAACGCUUUCCGAUGUCAAGGAGAUAAACAAAGAGCUGGUGUAUAUAAUUUUGGCUGUUUGGACGUGGAGUAUGUUACAGUUUCCCUCGCAUUUGGCAGUUGUUACUUCACCACAGAACUCAGUAGAGCUGAACGAUGGAGACGGCUGUUGUAAUUUUCUAUUGUUAAGACACAGCAAUGAUAUUUGGAACAUCGUGGAGAGUUUGUUUAUCCAGGAUGGGCCCUUUCUUGUGGUGCGGUUUGUUGUGAUGAAACAAUAUUAUGUGUUCCACCAAAUGUUGCUCUUCUUCACUAUUAAGAACUUUCUAGUGGUCAUCCUGACUCUCUACAGACUCUUUGUUUUAUGUCAAGAUUUUAGACCAAAACCAUCAUCUUCCUCUCCCUCAACAAACAAUGGGUUAUAAACAACUACCCUAAUAGCAAGGGAUCUUGUUAAUGUGGAAGAUGGAUUGCUUAAACAUAUUAGAAGCACAGUUACAAGAGCAGUUUUAUACCUUUAAUGGACUGUGUUUCUGUCAAAACAGGGCCAUAUAUACUACUACAUGUGUAUUUAAAGGGUACCCGUUUUAAAUUUGUGAACUUAUUAUUAAGCACUUUGUACGUUGUUUAGUGUUUUACUAUUUUUAUAGGCUAUAUAUAUAUAUAUAUAUAUAUAUAUAUAUAUAUAUAUAUAUAUAUAUAUAUAUAUCAGUGUCAAAGUAAAUUCUUUAGUCAUUUGUUUUUCAAAUUUUAACAAGGAAACACAUUGGAACACAACUAUCUGUAGCACACAUGUGUGUGUAUGGGUGUUGCCAUGCAUGAUUAUUUUUCAACAUGUGCACCCUGAUAUGACUUUCUGAUAGUUGUUAGGUUAUUCUGAUCUGAGAUCAGUUAUUUGCAUUUUUGGAAUCAGCAAUUGCCAUGUGACAAUUCAUACAGUAGACCAAAGAGGCCUACAUUUUAACCAGAGAUAUACAGUGACUAUAUCUCUGGUUUUAAUAUCUUGGGUUUUAAUGGCUAUUUUAUAUUAUGAGAAAAACUUAUAGUCGUCAUGAAAUUCAAAUGAAAAACUGUCAUUUGUUUUGUAAUAUUGUGGUAUAUUUUUUAUAAAUGACUAAUCCGUGAGCUUCAUUAUUUAAACAAAUUCAUGAGCCCUGAUAAUCUUUAAUCAAAAAUGCAAAUCUCCCCUCCUCAAAACAAACUUUCUUUA